UGAUUUGUAAGAUUAAUGGCAGAGGGUGGUACAGGCGGGUCGGACGGGGGAGUCGGACAGGGGAUCUCGAGGCUGCCCCACAGUCCACAGACCUCUCCCUCUCCCUCUCUCUUUCUCCUCUCUCUCUCAAUCUCUCUCUCAAUGAUGGAGUUAGUUCAGCGAGCAUCAUCAUGCUAUAUACACACUGCCAAGUUCAGUAGUCCUCAGAAGAGCCGCCACUUGGCCAAUUCAAGCUGCAAAUCCCGAAAGAAGAAAAGCCAGACGAAUACUACUAGUUCCAAUUUUGCCAGAACCAAGUCGUUGGUUGUCAGAGCAAGCGAUGAGGUCGACACGGCGGUGGUGUUGGAUAAGCCCACACUGCGGCCGCCGCGGUUUCAAGUGUUUGAUGGCUCUCCCGCGCCCUUCGGAGCCACCGCUCGAGACGGUGGAGUUAAUUUCGCGGUUUUCUCCAUGAAUGCAGUGUCUGCCACCCUUUGCUUGAUUACUCUCUCCGACUUGCAAGACAAAAGAGUGAUUGAGCAGAUCUCUCUUGAUCCACUGACCAAUAAAACUGGGGAUGUUUGGCAUGUAUUUCUCAAGGGAGAUUUUACGGGGAUGGUAUACGGCUACAAAUUCGACGGAGACUUCUCUCCUCAAGGAGGACAUUAUUAUGAUUCUUCUCAGUUAUUGUUGGAUCCCUAUGCUAAAGCAGUUGUAAGCCGAGGGGAGUUUGGUGUUUUGGGACCUGAGGGUGAUUGCUGGCCCCAGAUGGCCUGCAUGGUUCCUUCCCCUGAUGCUCAGUUUGACUGGGAAGGCGAUUUACCACUGAAACUUCCACAAAGAGAUCUUGUAAUAUAUGAAUUGCACGUUCGUGGUUUCACAAGACAUGAUUCAAGCCGGACAGAAUUUCCUGGUACAUAUGUUGGUGUAGUGGAGAAACUUGAUCACUUGAAGGAACUUGGUGUCAACUGUAUAGAGUUAAUGCCGUGUCACGAGUUCAACGAGUUAGAAUACUACAGCUACAACUCUGUCCUGGGAGACUACAAGAUGAAUUUUUGGGGUUAUUCGACAAUAAAUUACUUUUCCCCAAUGAUAAGAUAUUCAUCUGCUGGCAAUCUUGAUUGUGGCCAUGGUGCAAUAAAUGAAUUCAAGCUUCUUGUUAAGGAAGCACACAAACGAGAAAUUGAGGUGAUCAUGGACGUUGUUUUCAAUCACACUGCUGAAGGGAAUGAGAAAGGUCCCACCUUGUCAUUUAAAGGCGUUGAUAACAGUGUCUUCUAUAUGCUUGCACCCAAGGGAGAGUUCUACAAUUAUUCAGGUUGUGGAAACACCUUCAACUGCAACCAUCCCGUUGUACGCCAAUUUAUAUUGGACUGCUUGAGAUAUUGGGUUACAGAAAUGCAUGUGGAUGGCUUUCGCUUUGAUCUUGCUUCUAUCCUGACGAGGGGUAGUAGUCUAUGGGAUGCAGUUAAUGUUUAUGGCAAUCCAAUAGAAGGUGACUUGCUGACAACCGGCACUCCUCUCAGCAACCCGCCAUUAAUUGAUAUGAUUAGCAAUGAUCCAGUACUUCACGGAGUCAAGUCUACUUUCAAACAGCUUUUAGCUGAGGCAUGGGAUUGUGGCCUUUACCAAGUUGGCCGGUUUCCACACUGGGGCAUCUGGUCUGAAUGGAAUGGGAAGUAUCGUGACACAGUAAGGCAGUUUAUCAAGGGUACAGAUGGAUUCGCUGGGGCUUUUGCUGAAUGCCUUUGCGGGAGCCCCAAUUUGUACCAGGUAGGCGGAAGGAAACCGUGGAACAGUAUAAAUUUUGUAUGCGCACAUGAUGGUUUUACUCUGGCGGAUUUAGUGAUGUAUAACGACAAACAUAACUUGGCCAAUGGUGAAGACAACAAUGAUGGCGAGAAUCAUAACAAUAGCUGGAAUUGCGGACAGGAGGGAGAGUUCUCCAGCAUCUCCGUAAAGAAAUUGAGGAAGCGACAAAUGCGGAAUUUCUUCCUCUGCCUUAUGGUAUCCCAAGGUGUCCCUAUGAUAUAUAUGGGUGAUGAAUACGGUCACACGAAAGGGGGGAACAAUAACACAUAUUGCCAUGAUAACUAUAUUAACUACUUUCGAUGGGAUAAGAAAGAAGAGGCCUCACCUGACUUCUUCAGAUUUUGCUGCCUUAUGACACAGCUCCGCCGUGAAAGUGAGUCACUUGGCUUGAAUGACUUCCCAACAGCAGAGAGGUUACAGUGGCAUGGUCAUUCUCCUGGGACGCCUGAUUGGUCUGAAGCAAGCCGGUUUGUGGCAUUUACACUGAUCGACUCUGUGAAGGGAGCUCUAUACAUUGCCUUCAACACCAGCCAUUUACCCGUUACCAUUUCAUUGCCAGAAUGGCCCGGUUACAGGUGGGAGCCGUUGGUGGACACCAGCAAACCUGCACCAUUCGAUUUCCUAACGGAUGACCUCCCUGAAAGAGACACAGCAAUCAAACAAUAUGCACAUUUUCUUGAUGCCAAUCUGUACCCCAUGCUUAGUUAUUCUUCCAUUAUUUUGUUACUCUCCCCUGACAAUGAUGCUUAGUUCAAGUCCCAAUUACACCCUAAUAAGUUCCUCAAAUGAUGGCAUUUUGUUAUUUAUAGAAAUGAUAGCCUCCCUCUAAUUUUUUUCCCUUCA